AUGGUACUGCUUGCUAAAUCAAUGGGGGUACAACAUGCAGAAGUUGUGGUUGAGUUGAAGGGUGAUAUUGGUCAGUCAAGUAGUUUGGGAUUGCUGCGUGUGGGGGUUGAGGAUGAAAUUGAUGCACUACGGGGAUUUUGCCACCAUAAGGAGAAGGUGUUAACAAGAGUUACUGCUGUGUGUGCGAUGCGGGAGGAGAGGGGGUGUUUGUGGGCUAUACAUUGUAGAGCACAACGAGCAAAUGAUUUUUUCUACAUCAAGAGGUUUAGUGAUGUGCAUACUUGUGGUACGGAUGUUCGAACAUCGAAGAAUCCGCGAGUUAGUUCGGAUUUGGUGUCGAGUACCAUAUCUGAAAUUGUGAGGGACAAGCCGUUGACUCGGCCGUGUGAAGUGGUGACUAUCUUGAAGAGGGAUUAUGGGCUAGAUGUGAGUUACCAUGUUGUAUGGUUGGGUGUGGAGAAAGCAAAGGCUGGUAUCCAUGGAGAUCACUCGUUAUCGUUUGACCAGUUGCGGUGGUAUUCGGAUACUGUGAUGCGGUACAAUCCGGGGAGUUAUGUCAAUAUUGACUAUGAUGCGAGUAGUCAACAGUUUUGUCGCUUCUUUGUGUCAUUCGCUGCGUGUAUUUCUGGGUUCAAUGCUUGUCGGCCUUUAUUAUUCCUGGAUGGAACAUUCCUCAAAGGAAAGUACAAAGGUCAGCUACUUGCGGCAACGGCGAAAGACGGGAACAAUGGUCUGUUUCCUGUUGCAUUUGCAAUUGUUGAUUCGGAGACUACGGCUAAUUGGUCGUGGUUCUUGCAUGAACUUGGGAAGGUUGUUGAUGGGAAGCGCCAUAUUACUUUUAUUUCGGAUCAGACAUAUCGUGCAGCCUAUUCGGGAGCCAUAUUCCCUAUACCAUCGGUGGAGAAGCCGCCUUUUGAUCCCACGGACUUUACUAUAUACCCGCCUACCGUGAAAAGACCACCCGGAAGGCCGAAGAAGAAUAGGAUCCCAUCAAGGGGUGAGAAACUGAAGCAAAUAAGCAAUGUUUACAUCAAUGUAACCAUUUGCAUCAUCAACUCAUACGAUGUGAAUAUUCAUGACAUCAUUGUUGCCAUUCGCAUAAUCAGAAGUUAUGAUGUGAAUAUUCACAUCAUCAAAUUGGUAGAUGUGAAUAUUGACUUGUGUUAA